UCUCCUCUCCUCUCUCCGUUGCAGCGGGCAGUACUGGAAGAAGAAGAGGGAGAAUUAAGCUGCCCUGCCCCUGAUAAGGGCAGGGGACCCUAAACCCAAAUUCCCCUUACCUACAAAUACAAAAGGUCGCAGUUUACAUUUUUCAGGUCGAAUUUUCCAGCGAAUGAUUGGUUCCUGGUUGGCCCGCCCAGGUUUUCAACUAAAGAAAAACAUUAAUAUAACUUCAGGUUGUCGUAUAAUAUAUGCUUUCUUUCUUUCUUUAUUUUAUUAUUUGGUGGGUUACUAAUUUGAGUAAUGGGGGGUUUUGUGUUAUACAACGCUUCUGGGUUUAUUUGCUCUGCUUUACUUUGGUGUGUAUGCGAGAGAGAGAGAGAGAGAGAGAGAGAUGCAAUUUAGCUUGAUGGGAUUGCAGUUGCAGAGCCUGUGAUUCUCUGUUUGGCAUGUCUAAAUCAAAUGGGGUAUGGAAUUUGAUUGAAUGGACAGAGAUUUUCUUCUGGGUUUAUGUCAUUUUGACCAUUUCUGCUUGCUUUACUUCCGUAUAUAAGACUCAGAGCAAGGGCUUCUCGUAUUUUUCUCCUCCCAUCUUCUUGGAUUGGAUUGGAUUUCCUCCCUGCCCCAUGAAAAAUAAUUCACCCUUUGUUUCUUUACAUGCAUGGUUCAAGAAAAUUUUCUCUUUUUUUGGGGUGGGCGCAGCAUCUCUUGGGUGUCCUGAAAGGAGUUUUUCGGGGUACCUUUCGUCGUUCAUGAGUUGGGUUCAUUCGGUUCAUCCGUGUUAAUGUUCUUCUCAUGAACAUAAAGUUCAGAAGAACAUAAAGAAGAUCAGUCAUGAAGUUUAUGAAACUAGGAUCUCGGCCGGAUACUUUUUAUACCGCAGAGGCCGUAAGGUCAGUCUCCUCUGAAGUCUCCAGUGAUCUCAUAGUUCAAGUGAAAGGGACCAGAUAUUUGCUUCACAAGUUUCCCCUGCUCUCCAAGUGCUUGCGCCUGCAGAGGCUGUGCUCUGAAUCUCCUGAAUCAUCACAACACCAAAUAGUCCAACUCCCUGAUUUCCCUGGAGGAAUUGAUGCAUUUGAAAUAUGUGCCAAGUUCUGUUAUGGCAUCACAAUCACUCUCAGUGCCUAUAACAUCGUGGCCGUCCGAUGCGCCGCGGAGUACCUUCAGAUGACGGAGGAUGUGGAGAAGGGAAACCUCAUAUACAAGCUUGAGGUGUUCUUCAAUUCUUGCAUCCUUCAUGGGUGGAGGGACUCCAUUGUCACCCUGCAGAGCACCAAAGGCUUCCCUUUGUGGUCAGAAGACCUUGGAAUCACAAGCAGGUGCAUCGAAGCAAUCGCUUCGAAGGUUUUAAGCCAUCCCUCGAAGGCGAGCUUGUCGCGCAGCUACUCCCGAAGGGGUGGAGACGAUGUUUCGUGCAAUGGAGCGGAGAGCCAGAGGCACAAGCCUGCAAGCAAGGGGUGGUGGGCUGAAGAUAUUGCAGAAUUAGGCAUAGACCUGUAUUGGAGAACCUUCAUAGCGAUUAAGUCUGUUGGAAAGAUACCCUCUAAUCUCAUUGGGGAGGCAUUGAAGAUUUAUGCUUCUCGAUGGCUACCGAACAUAUCGAAAGAUGGCAAUCUCAACAAGCAAGUAGCAUCAGACCCCGAUUCGGACUCAAUCGGGGAAAUUACUUCGAGGCAUCGGCUGCUAUUGGAAUCCAUUAUAAGCUUACUCCCGGCCGAAAAAGGCGCUGUUUCUUGCAGUUUCCUGCUCAAACUCUUGAAGGCAGCCAAUAUACUCAAUGCCUCUUCUUCGUCGAAAAUGGAAUUGGCAAGAAGAGUAGGACUUCAGUUGGAGGAAGCAAAAGUUAGUGAUCUGUUGAUUCCCUCCCUAUCAUACAAUUGCGAUACGCUCUACGAUGUCGACAUGGUUAUGACGAUAUUGGAGCAGUUCAUGUUGCAGGGGCAGAGCCCCCCAACUAGCCCUCCAAGAACCAAAGGAGGAUUCGAGAGGAGGCGGUCUCGAUCGGCAGAGAACGUUGAUUUUGAGCUUCAAGAGAGUAGAAGGUCAUCCUCUGCAUCGCAUAGCUCAAAGUUGAAGGUGGCAAAGCUUGUGGAUGGGUAUCUUCAAGAGAUCGCCCGCGACGUAAAUUUGCCUCUGUCCAGGGUGAUUGCACUUGCUGAGGCUGUUCCGGAUUUCGCAAGGGUCGAUCAUGAUGAUCUUUACAGGGCUAUUGACAUCUAUCUCAAGGCACACCUAAACCUUAACAAGAGUGAAAGGAAGAGGCUAUGCCGAGUCCUUGACUGCAAGAAGCUAUCUGUGGAGGCCUGCAUGCAUGCCGCGCAGAAUGAGUUACUACCGCUGAGGGUUGUCGUGCAAGUACUCUUCUUCGAGCAGGCACGAGCUGCUAUGGCAGGUGGCAAUGUAACCGAGCUGCCCGGCAAUAUCAAGGCACUUCUAGCUGCACAUGCGGUUGACCCAUCGAAGGCUACCGGAGCAUUAAGCACAACCACUAGCAUUCAGGCGGAGGACCAGUGGAGCAUUUCAGGUCUUAAAUCCCCUAAAUCGAAGCUGUCCACUUUGAGGAUGAAGCUGGCCGAGGACGACGAUAUAGAAGAUACUGAUAUGCAAGCAGCAGAUGGGAUUGCAAGAACUUCAAAGCUUAAGGCACUCUGUGCUCUCCCCCGACCCAAGAGAAUGCUUAGUAAGUUGUGGUCCAACAAUAGAAGUACUGCAAGUGAGAAGAAUUGAUAAGAGUUUUGUUUAGUUUUCAGUUGGGAGCAUAAUGUGAAGGGUAAUUUAUUUACACUGCUUUUUCUUUUGUUCUUUUGAACUGCCUUGUAAGUUUUUAGGUGGGGAAAAAAAAUCUAAUGUGCAUUGUUGGUGUAAUCUAUUGUAAUAAGGAGGAAGAUUUUCAAUACAGGGAAGUAAAUCUAAAGAGCAACUUGAGUAUGUGGAAAAA